AUGUGUCCUGCUUUUGCAAAGGCAAAGAUGGUGACUGUGUUGGCCCUUGACGGAGGUGGCAUUAGAGGGAUAAUUCCCAGUGUCAUCCUUGGAUUUCUUGAAUCUAAGCUUCAGGAAUUGGAUGGACCCAAUGCGAGAAUUGCAGAUUAUUUCGACAUAAUUUCAGGAACAAGUACAGGUGGGCUAGUCACAACCAUGCUUACAGCCCCCAAUCAAGACAACAGACCCCUGUAUGCUGCAAAGGACAUCACCAACUUCUACUUAGAGGAAUCUCCCAAGAUUUUUCCCCAGAGCAGGCACACCAAAUUUGUGAGUGCAAUGACAAGCUUGUUCGGUUCCGUGAUGGGGCCCAAGUACGACGGGAAGUAUUUGCACUCAAGGAUAAACAAUCUGCUUGGUGACCUAACACUGAAACAGACCCUAACUCAUGUGAUCAUACCAACCUUUGAUAUCAAGCUCCUUCAACCAGUGAUCUUUAUGACCAACGAUGGAAAAAAGAAUGAAUUGAAAAACGCUAGGCUUGCAGAUAUUUGCCUCGGCACCUCUGCAGCACCCACUUAUCUUCCAGCACACUACUUUGAGACAACAGAUUCAAAAGGAAACACUAGAAGUUAUGAUCUCAUUGAUGGCGGAGUUGCUGCUAAUAAUCCUACAAUGUUAGCCAUAAGCCAGAUUAGGAAAGAACUAUUGAUGGCAGAAAUAGAGUUUGGUAAUUCUAGUGAAAACAAGAAAAUGCUAGUUCUGUCAUUGGGCACAGGUGGGGCAAAGUUUGCACAGAGGUAUACAGCACCCGCAGCCUCAAAGUGGGGUGUGCUUAAUUGGCUAUAUACCAAUGGUGGAACUCCAUUGCUCGACUCAUAUGACCACGCCAGUGCUGAUGUGGUUGACUUUCAUGUGUCCACCCUCUUCCAAGCCCUUCGUUGCAAGGACAAUUACCUUCGUAUUCAGUAUGACUCAUUAACCGGAGAUGCCUCGUCAGUUGAUGUUGCCACCACGGAGAACUUGCAAAGCCUUGUGGAGAUUGGGAAGGAGCUAUUGAAGAAGCCAGUGUCAAGAGUCAAUUUGGAUACUGGCAAGUUUGAGGAAAUUGAGGGCGAGGGUACUAAUGAAGAAGUUCUUGCCAACUUUGCCAAACUGCUUGCGGAGGAAAGGAAGUUCCGGCUAAACCAAUGA